CCUGGAGUGAAAUAAAACCAACAGGCUGUGUUGCAUUAAUAAGAUACAACACAGUCAUUCUGAGCAGCAGGUAAAGUGACUCAGCACAUUCCCACGAUCAACUGAAAUUUCUUCAUACAACCUCAAGGAUUGAAGAAUGUCCAUCAGCAGUGACGACUAUGACUACAAUUUUUUUCAUAAUGACACUGAAACCUUAGAUACCUAUAAUGAGCCAUCAGCCUUUCAGCUUUAUGCUGUUGUGUACUUAACCCUCAUCUUCUGCAUCAGCAUGCCCGGCAACAGCUUCAUGCUGUGGGUUCUUCUGAGAGAACGGGCUUGGAGGAUCACGUCUGAUGUCUUACUUCUGCAAUUCACUGUUUCCAACCUUUGCUUCACUGCCACUCUGCCCUUCUUUGCCUGCAAUGUGCUCCAUGGAUGGAUCUUUGGAGAAUGGGCCUGUGGAAUCAAAAGAGGACUUGCUUUACUGGGUCUGAACAGUCAUGUGGUGAUCAUCACUGCCAUGACUUUGCAUUGUUAUGUCACUGUGGUUCAGCCUUCAUGUCUCCCUGCACAGACCCCAAGUAAAUUCAGAGUCCUUGUGGCUAGCAUUGCGAUAUGGCUGAUAUCUGCUGCCCCCAGCAUUAAAUUAGCUGUGAAUAGUCGGGUUAUAGAUUUUGGUGAUGUGGAAUUUUGUACAUUUGGGAUGGAAUCCCUGACCAUGAUGUUCAUUGAUCUUAAUGUGGAGCUUUGGCUUUUUUUUGUCAUACCUUUAAUUAUUGUGACAUUCUGUUAUAUACACAUGUGGAUAACAAUCAAACAGUGCAGGGAGAAAAGUUACCUUCAGCCUUCCAAAUCGAUUUCAAGAGCAACAGCUGGUUUUUUUCUGUGUUUGGCUCCGCACAAUAUCCAUGUCUUUGUAGAGUCUCUGAUGGUUGUGAGGGCUGUGGAGUACAGAGUUGAAUGGACCCAUGUAAUUCGCUAUAUAGUGUAUGUUACAUUUGCACUAACUCAUUUGUACCCCUGUCUGAGCCCCAUGUUUCACAUGUUUGGAGCACAAAGGUUUAGGAGGCACCUCCCAAUGCCAUGUAUCGCUUCAACACAAAACAGAGAUGGGGUCAGAAGUGACACAUCUGUGCAAUUUAUGUCACUAAGUAAUGAAUAAUGAAUCAUAUCUGUCUUCCGAUCCCUGUCCACUUGGCUUACUAUUUGGUCUUUGUGGAAGUUAAGGCUAAAAUAUGUCUCAGGGCAUAACUAAAUCACAAAUAAAAAUUAAUGUUCUUAACCAGAUUAAUGACUACACGAAAAAUAACUAUUGAUCUUGUGCUGCAGCAUAAAAUCUAUUAAUCUUCAGAUGUCAAGUUUAACAAACUGAAAUGCAUAAGUUAUUCUCUUCUCAGCUUCUUGAGUCUUGAGUUCUUCCUGAUUCUUUUAUCUACUGUUUUUUGUCACUUACCACAUAGCAGUUGCAACAGACUGGGAGGAAAAAGGAAGCAUCACAGAUGAAAUUUGAUGGUUGUUUCAUUUUUAUUUGAUGAGAAAGAGGAAGAGACCAGAGCCAGAAAAACAAGUACACAAGAAAUUUAGUAAAUGUCUGGUAAUUUUUUGUUAAAUCAUGAAUGAAGGCAGUUAAACAUUUCCACAUGUAUUUGUUUCUCAGUUGUACUUUUAAUUGAACUCAACACUUGGAUCACAUUGUAAUUUUUUUUCUUUUGUGCUGAACAAAUCAACCCAGAGGGGAGAGUUAAAAUAAAUGGAAGUGAUGCUAGUAAAACUUUCUUGUUGGGUUGUUUUUCAGGGAAAACAUUCACAAUAUAAUAAAUGAUUUAUGACCUUUUAAUAGUUUUGAUCUUAUGCUUUGACCUCAAAGUCUUGAUAGCUUAAGUUUUACGCUGUUAGAGGACAGCUGAACCUGUAAAUGCACCUUUGUUUGACCAUCAGAUUUACAAAAAUAUACCUUGUAAUACAUUUAAAAAAAUACUAAGAACUGUUGAAAUUUACUGAAGAGUGUUCAAUGUUGUGAAAUGAUUAGAUAAUAAUUGUGUUUAAAACUAGCCGAUGUUUCAAAUUAUGAUCAGUUCCAAUCUGUCUGAUAUGUGUAAAGUUAUUUUGCUCAUUUUUUAAGAAGUUGCAAGUUACAUUUUUUCCCACUAACUCCAUACUUUGUGGAAUCUAAAGCUCCAGAUGUCUUGAAGUUCUGUGUAAUGCAUGUUUAAUAUUAUCCAAUCCCAAAUUAUUCAAGUGAUUUUUUUUAAAAUAAUGCAGCAGAAAGUAAAAAAUAGACAGCAAGGUCCUGUAAUUUUAGUUUGCAGUUAUCAGUGGAAAUUUUAUUUUCAAUCAUUAGAAUAUUUAAAUGAUUACAAGAAUAAUUCCCCCUUUUUCCUCAGAGCAUAUCUUUUAACUUUGUAUGUAACAUGUUUCUCAAGAAGGCCAUCAGUACUUAAAAAAGGCUGAGUAGCAGGAGCCUGAUGUCUCUAGAGGGGGUACAGAGAGGAGUGUACAGGGACAGCUCAAAGGGCCUCUGUAACAGCAUUCAUAUCUCUGGGGCAAGAUUAAGCUUAAUUAACUAAACCAUCUAGCACGCUUCAUUGAGUGGAUACAAGUCAAGGACAGAGCUGUCGCGGGUGUACUCACACCUACUUUGGCAGGCAGUGGCAGAGAGCUUAGUGCAGAUCUGUAUGAGGUCUGUUUGUGUGGUAACAGAAAAAUAUUGAUGCCCAAGCGAUGUAAAAUCAUAUUUAAGGUCAGGCACAAUAAUGAGCAUUAUAUAACAUUUCAUUUGUUCACAAGUGAGUAUUAAAGUAUUCCACUUCUGCUUCCUAUAAUGAAACCAUUUUAAUAAUUACAGGAACUCUGACAGAUCAUAUCUUACCUUAUUGUGUAACACCAGCUUGUAGCAAAAAAUAGUAGAAAACUAUGCAAAAAACAAUAAAAUAACUUCUUAUCCUGGAGAGAAAAGACCAAAUACACUUUACCUUAUAGAACUCUUAUAGGCAACAAUCUAAGGUGUCACAUAUUUUUUCUUUGAAUAAAAACACUUUCUUUUCCCAGAUCAUUUUCUCAGCAAAUGAUGUUGUUGUUGUUCAAUCCUGUUUUUUAGCCAUGAGCAAAACAGCUGUUGUUGUUUUCUUAUGUAGUCUGUAUUACAGCCAUCCCUGGCCUUAACAUUCCCUCCAUGCUCAUCUUUUCUCCAGGGCAAACCUCCCUCCUCUUUUACAUCCAUAUCUCACCCGUCUUAAUUUCAGUUAUCUAUAACGAUAAUUACUCUAACCAUAUGUGAAUUUAAUUGAUGAAUUUCAGAUUUGUAAAUGUGUGUACUUUGUACAUA